AUGGGCGCGCGCGAGCCGCACGCGCUGGCGGACACCACGCCGGCCAAGACCAUCCUGGUGUACCGCAACGGGGACGCGUUCUUCGCGGGCCGGAAGUUCGUGGUGCCGCGGCUGCGCGCCACCACCUUCGAGGCGCUGCUGGAGCAGCUGACGCGGCAGGUGGAGGCGCCGUUCUGCGUGCGGCGCCUGCUCACGCCCACCCGCGGGCACCCGGUGCGCGAGCUGCAGGCGCUGCAGGCGGGCGGCAAGUACGUGGCGGCCGGCCGCGAGCCCUUCAGGAAGCUCGAUUAUAUUCAUAUAGUUUCCAGAAAACCUGCGAAGAUGAGGAAGUUGAAGGAAGUCAAACCGGUGGUGCAUUGCGAUAUGGAUGUGCCUUCCAGGUGGCACGCGUUCCACCGUACAGGCCGGCACGUCAGUGUUUUCACAAAUGGAAGACUGUUUAUCCCACCUGUAAAAAUUAUCAUACCCAAAUUCAGUCUGAUGGAAUGGAAUAGCGUGCUGGCCAUGAUUGGAGAAAAAGUCUUCCCUCUUGGAGGCGUUCGAAAAUUAUUUACAAUGAAUGGACAUCUUCUGAACAACGCGAAGGAUUUGCAAGACAACCACUUUUACGUGGCGGUGGGACUGGAGACCUUCAAAUAUUUCCCUUACUGGAAAUCCGCAAAGGUGCCCAGUGAGGUCCAACAAAAGUAUGCGGACAUCGAGAAGUACUCAAGAGAAAAGAAAAAAGAGGAUUCCAAAGGAAAAGAGCCGCACAAGUAUGACAGCAUUCCCGAUAAGGAACGGGAUUCUGUGUUUUACGCCACAGAGGGGAAGAAGAAGGUGCUGGUAGAAACUUCGUCCCAAUGCGGUGCAGAAGGUGACGUGUACAAAGCCCACACUCCGAGCACGGAAGCCCAGGGGGCGCCAGAGGUCAAAGAAGACAGGCACGUACAGGUGGAGGUGCCCGUGGACCAGAAACCAGCUGAGAUAGUCGCGGAAGACGAAGACAUACACGAUAACCUCCCCGAUUGUGGAAGCAUCACGGAAAAAGAAGAUGAAAGACCUUAUGAAGAUAGUGAAAGAAAGGAAGACAAUUCACGAAUGUCUUCUAAGGAAAGGUUUUCCUUAAGACACAGCACAGAGAAAAAAGCAUCUCUCAAGGACCUCAGCAAGAAUAAAAAAGUGGUUCCGUUUCCUGAAAAAGAACCAUAUGACAUUCUAGAGGGAAAAAUCACACCUGUACUUCUAGAAACCCCAGUAAGAAUAGAAGACCAAAGAGAGCCACCAAUGGAACAGCAGUCACUAGAAGAAUCAUCAUCAAGACAAUCAGAAGAAGAACCUGAGGAACAAGAAUUACUUGACCAGUCAUCCGGGGGACAGUCAUCCCGAGAGCAGAUACCCGACAAACGAGAAUCAUCUACACAGCCAUCAUUGGGGCAAAAAGAGAUGACCCACGGAGGAAAAACUGAAGAACAGAUACCAUGAAAACAAAAUAUCAGCCAUGUUGGAAAGAGGAACAGUCAGAAGCUAGAAAGGAUCAUAAGGCAAAUGAAAAUAAAGUCAGACAUUUAUUUCACAGGAUGCUGA